UCUUACGCACCUGUGAUAGAUUAAUCAAAAAAAAAAAAAAAAAAAAUUCAGUUUGAACUCACGUGAAAGUACUUUACAAUUAGGCUACUCCGUCUCGUGAAUGCGGCCAAUUACAGCCAUUUUAAUCUAAAUACGGUUGCUUUUUGCUUUUCAAUGUGAAUCAACCUGCUUCCCGCGUGAUCACGCCCUUUCAGGGAUGAGUGUCUUUCGGGACAGUGGAGCCGAAGAUAGAAGUCUCCAGUUUGGCAGAAAACAACAGGAUCCAGCAUUUCCCAGAAAUGCACCAGACUCCAUUUGGAACAUCAGUCAGAGUAACGGCAGCGGGAAGAUGAACGGCUCCCUGGAAGACGUGGACCAGCCGGACCCGGACGCCAUCAAGAUGUUCGUGGGCCAGAUCCCGCGGUCCUGGUCCGAGACGGAGCUGAAGGAGCUGUUCGAGCCGUUCGGCGCCGUCUACCAGAUCAACAUCCUCCGAGACCGCAGCCAGAACCCGCCACAGAGCAAAGGGUGCUGUUUUGUAACGUUUUAUACCAGAAAAUCUGCUCUCGAGGCCCAGAAUGCAUUGCACAACAUUAAGACCUUAUCUGGGAUGCAUCAUCCCAUUCAGAUGAAGCCAGCCGACAGCGAGAAGUCAAACGCGGUGGAAGACAGGAAGCUGUUCGUAGGCAUGAUCUCCAAGAAGUGCAACGAGAACGACAUCAGGGUGAUGUUCUCCCCGUUCGGGCAGAUCGAGGAGUCCCGGAUCCUGAGGGGACCGGACGGGCUGAGCAGAGGCUGCGCCUUCAUCACCUUCUCCAGCAGAGCCAUGGCACAGAACGCCAUCAAGGCCAUGCACCAGUCACAGACCAUGGAGGGCUGCUCCUCCCCCAUGGUGGUGAAGUUCGCCGACACGCAGAAGGACAAGGAGCAGCGGCGCCUGCAGAUGCAGAUCUCCCAGCAGAUGCAGCAGCUCAACAGCGCCUCCACCUGGGGGAGCCUGGGCGGGCUGGGCAGCCUCACGCCUCAGUACCUGGCACUGCUGCAGCAGGCUGCCUCCUCCAGUAACCUGGGCGCCUUCAACAGUAUUCAGCAGAUGGCAGGUAUGAGUGCGCUGCAGCUGCAGAACCUGGCUGCCCUCGCCGCCGCUGCCGCGGCAACGCAGAGCUCAGCCAGUCCCUCCAACCCCCUGUCCUCUAGCCCAGCCGGUACGACCAACGCCUCCAGCGCCGCGGCCUCCAUGAGCUCCCUGAGCUCCCUGGGUGCCCUGCAAGGGCUCGCCGGCUCCUCCGUGGGCCUCAACAGCCUCAACGCGCUAACGGGCGGCGUCAACAGCAUGGCGGCGCUGAACGGGGGUCUGGGGGCCGCGGGCCUGUCCAACGGGACGGCGGGCGCCAUGGACGCGCUGACCCAGGCGUACUCGGGCAUCCAGCAGUACGCGGCGGCGGCCCUGCCCACCCUGUACAGCCAAUCGCUGCUGCAGCAGCAGGGCGCCGCCGGCAGCCAGAAGGAGGGCCCAGAGGGAGCCAACCUCUUCAUCUACCACCUGCCGCAGGAGUUCGGAGACCAGGACAUCCUGCAGAUGUUCAUGCCUUUCGGAAACGUGGUCUCCGCCAAAGUCUUCAUCGACAAACAGACCAAUCUGAGCAAGUGCUUUGGUUUCGUCAGCUACGACAACGCCGUCUCCGCCCAAGCGGCCAUCCAGGCCAUGAACGGCUUCCAGAUCGGCAUGAAGAGGCUGAAGGUGCAGCUCAAGCGCUCCAAGAACGACAGCAAACCGUACUGAAGUUAGCACUAGCGCUGUACUGCUCUCACGCUAGCACUACAAGGGUAAGUCCCCCACAAGAGACUGGUCUUACAACCUUUCACCACCGGGGGGCGACAUACUUUUUGUCCCUUUUCAUUUUCAACAGUUUAUUAAAAUUAUUCCUCUUACCCCCAACCCCCCCCCCUCACCCCUUACAUCUCCCCCCCCCUCCCCCCCAACAUGAACACUUCCAUUCCAGUCAUUUCUUUGUGCGACUUGCAAUACAUGAGUUGCUGUUAUGGGUAGAUUUUUUAAAAAUUAUUUAUUUAUUUUUCCUUUUGUUCUGUGGAGUUUUUAUUACUGACACACUGUUACACAGCAGCGCUCUCGGAGCCGAAGAAGUCGUUCACACUGUAUUUCUGACAAAAGCAAAAAAAAAAAAAAAAAAUGUGAAAAAAACUGACCCUAUUGUGCCAUGCCGGAUACUCUCCGCUGCUCCCCACUGAAGUCUCCUUAUGGCACUCACAGGGUUAAUGUUGCACUGGCCCCUCCCCCCCCGUAGUCAACGGCAACAUAAGCCCCUCCCACACAAAACCAGUUUGACCUUUUUUUUUUUUUUUUUUUUUGGAGUAUUUUUGUUUGCCUGAAUAUAUUAUGGUUUACGUAUUACGAUUGUUACUGUUACCUAUGCUUUACUAGGUCAGAUCACAUUGGUCUUUGUUGGAAUGGGCUGUUGUGUUGAGAAUUAUGGGUAAAAAAAAAUCACAUUAAUCAUAAAUCUGCCUAGAGCUUAAACAAAGUGUUAAAGUGUUAUGGGGUGAAGUUGAAAAUACUUGAUGUUUCUUGAAAGAUAAAAAUUCGCAGUACAGAACGCCACAGGCCUGUACAUUUUAUUUGUAAAAAAAAAAAACGAGAAAAAAAAUAAAAUAAAGUAAAAGAAAAAGCAGUUCUAUUUUUAUACAAAAUUUUUACUGCCACAGAAAAAAAGGACAUUAUUUAUUGCCUGUUGUUAAUUUAUGGGAAGCGUAAGGAGCAGAUAGCUGAAGUAGUCCUGUAGGAUUCAGCCACGUUAACCGGUCUGCAUACACACUGCACAGCCUCCCCCCUCCGCUCCUGUCCUCCGUCUUCCUCUCUCCCUCCCUCCCUCGCUCUCUUCUCUCCAUCCGUGUCCUUGCUCUUCACUUCUCUCUCCGUCUGUGUGCUUGUUCUCAUCCCUGUCUCUCUAUCUCUUUCUCUCCUUCUCUGUCUGUACUUUCUCCUGCUUUACCAUUUCUGUAAAUGUCUUUAUGAACAUUUCAGUCGUUUUCUUUUUUUGUUUGUUUUUUUCUUUAACCCAAAAUUACAUCCAUCCUCUCUUCUCUCCUGUUGGGGAAAGGCUGCAGAUGGACUGCUUUGGGUGCUCUGUGUGUGCGUACGCGUGCGUGUGUGUGUGUGUGUGUGUGUGUGUGUGUGUGUGUGUGUGUGUGUGCGCGCGUGUGUGUGUGUGUGUGUGUGUGUGCGUAUGUGUGUGUGUGUGGGUGUGUUUGCACUGUGUACUGCACUGUGCACAAGCUUUGUGCCUUUCUCUCUUUAUUUCAGAUGUUGUGUAUUUUUUGAAAAAUGCAAAUUGUGGUGAACGGAGAGAAAAAAAAAAAAAAAAAACUCCUGGUCGUAAGAUUUGCAUCGUGGUCUCGUUGCCCCCCGCAACCACGACCAGAGCGGUUUUUUUUUUUUUUUUUUUUUCUUUUUUCUUUUUUGUUUGUUUUGUUUGGUUUUUGUUUUAUAGCUGUGCGCCGCGGCGCGCCUGUCUGUGUGUAACUCUGUCCCUCUCCCUUGUUCUUCUUCCCUAGAACAUCUCCAUGCCUGUUAGCUCAUGGUUUGCCUAGCAUGUGUCCGUGACGUCCAAACACGCGUCUCAUCGUCCCCUCCCCCAUUGUUUCCGAUGUCUUUUCUGAGCUCACCUGAUCAUAACCCGGUCUCCUCCUACUGACCUUUGAACCUAGCUUGACCUUUGUUGUGUUUUUUUUUUUUUGUUUGUUUUUUUUUUGUUUUUGUUUUUUUUCCCCCCUUUUGGAUUUUUCGUUUGUACGUUUGUUUGUUCGUUUGUUUGUUUGUUGCAUGUGUGACCUCAUUUGGAGCUUUUUGGGGUUUUGGGAGUACGGGGAGGGGAAGGAGAGGUAGGGGAGAUAAAUGUGAAAGCUUAGCUGCAGUCAUACAAGAGACAAGAGCACAAAACGUAAAGAAAACCUGUGGUAAAUCUGUGUUUUUCCUUCAUAUAUAUAUAUAUAUAUAUAUAUAUAUAUAUAUAUAUAAUUUUCUCUCAGUUUUUGUUGUCCUUUUCUUGAGAGUAAACUUGAACGAUAGUACAGGGAUCGGCAAUACGAGGCCAAGUCUGACCAGUCGUCUCCUACCAAGCUCGUCUGAUAAAUAGCGAAAUCUCUCUUCUCUCGCUCUCUCUCUCUCUCUCUCUCUCGACGCUCUGCAAAAAAAAGAAAAAAGAAAAAAAGGCGGUUUUUUACAUUUUCCGGGCAGCGGCGUUUUUUUUGAUAAGGCCUUUUGAGGACUCUCACUUUCUCACCUAAAACCUAUUUGUAGAUCCACUUUUUUCUAAAGUAGUUAAACGGCUUCGACGGAAAGGGGAAACGGGGUGGGGGUGGGGGUGUGGGCGGGCGGGGGGGGGGGGGGGGGAUUCCCAAUCGGCCCGGUCGCGCGGGCGAGCCCCGCUAACUGAGCGCCGCCGCCGCCUUUCGACGGGCCGAACUCACCGUAAGACAAUCCGUGGUUUAAAUGCACAUGAAAUGACUUAUAUUUUGUACUCUUUAAAUGUAUAGAGAAUUAAAAAAAAAAAAAAACAACAACAACAGAGUGUGUCCUGUGUUCUGACGUCAGUGCUUUUCCGUGGGCUCGAACGAGGCUUCGUCGGGAGUCAAACAGUCUUAAAGCGUUUCGUAUUUCUAAAAAGACUAAAAUAAGUUAAAAACAAACAAACAAACAAAAACUAAAAAAAAAUCAGCGGACUUGGACAGAGCCUUUCGUAAUAUUUCCAUGAUUUUUUUUUUUUUUUUUUUUUUUAAACAAGUCCCCUAUUUGCUAAAUUUCCUGAGUAAUUAGUACCAACCCCACCCCCACCCCCCCCCCUUCCAAAAAAAUGCUUGUGAAGCUUUCAUUUAUUUUUUUUUCCACUCCUUGUUUCUUUUUUGCUGUGAGAAGUGAUACCUAAAUGUUUUAUUGGUCAGCAAAAUGUGAUUUCUUUUUUUCUUCCUUUCUUGUAAAUAAAAACCUGAAUCAGUGGUA